GUCCCUUAAGGUCCCUAAGGUCCCUAAGGUCCCUAAGGUCCCCAAGGUCCCUGAACCCGCCGUGCGUUGACAGGGAUGAGCGCACUCUGGGGCCUUGGCGAGACGUCUGAUGCACACGUGUGCAGGGACCCCAGGGACUCUAGGGACCCUAGGGACCUUAGGAGGGACCCAGGGACCCCAGAGGCCCCAGUGAUUGCAGGGACCAGGGACCCCAGAAACCCCCGCCCUUCAGCCCCUGGCGGCCCGGUGCCGAUUUCGGCUGCUUGUUUUGCAGGCAGGCCAGUUUGGUAUCUCGCUUGGACUUUGAUGCAGCGGCAGGAUGUGGGUGAGCCAGUCUGACGGAUGGACGCUGCGAAGCCUUGCAAGGCUUGGCCCGACCGACCUUCAGGCCGCGAGUGAAAAGGAGGAGGAGCAUCCAAACCCGUGCGUUGGUGUUGCCAAAGAAGCCAGUCAAUCUUGUGUUUGCUCUGGAAACUUGGCUCGAGGGUACUCAUCAACACUGACACAACAACAGCUCGCAAUGGUUGCCCGAUGGGUCUAGUGCCAGUGCUUGAGGAAUCGCAGGCCGCUCAAGCGCUUUUCGAAUAGCCAUGGCGAUGAUGCGGACCAGGACCAAAAGCCGAGGUAUGUGCCUCUGCCUUCUCGGGAUUGCAUUGGCGCUGCUCGUGCAGCCGAGCACGGACUUUGCUCGAGGAGUUCCUGGGCUGAAGGAGCAUGCAAAACGGCACCCGUUGCAUGCCGGAGUCGCUCGGCGCGCCGGGGCUGCGCAAGAGGACAACAGUGGCCAGGACCGGCUCGAUCUCGAGGAGGUGGUCGCAGAAGCCAAACGGGUUGUGGACAACGGCACGCUGAAAGACAUGCAAGUGGUCAUGCGAAGAGUGCAGCUGGUAGAUCCAGCAGGGAAGUGGAAGGUUUGGGUUAAUGAGCCCGAAUUGGAGAAGCAGCUAUGGAAGUUUGUGGCAGAGGCCAAAGCAGCCAAAACGGCAUUGGAGGAGGACCUGCUCCUGGCGCGACAGCAGCGGAAGACGGGCCAGCGGCAGGUUGAGAGCGCCCAGCGGCAGGUUGAGAGCGCCCAGCGGCAGGUUGAGAGCGCCCAGGAGCAGGAAGCGAUGGCGGUGAGGCGUCUCGCUCGAGCUGCCACCGUCUUGGAGACGGCGGAGGACUCGGGCAAUGCGACAAAGGUGCAGGAGGCCAAGGAGGAGGUGCAGGAGGCCAAGGAGGAGGUGGAGAAGGCGGAGAGGAAGGUGCAGGAGGCGGAGAGGAAGGUGGAGAGGGCGGAGAGGAAGGUGGAGAGGGCGAAGAAGGAGGUGGAGAAGGCGGAGAAGGAGGUCAAGGAGGCGAAGGCAAGCGGCCGGACGAAGGAGUCCGAGGCACGGAGCAGUUGGUGCGAGAAGUUGCUCGCGAAGAAGUUGAAGUUUGGAGCAGCCGACCAACUGCUUGCAACAGUUGGGGCCACAUGGGACUAUUGUGGGAAGGAGGAGCUCCGUGAGCGCAUGCAGAUCCCCAUCCAGAAGCUGCACGAGCAAAAGGGGAAGAACAGUGACAAACAGCUUCAUCCUUUGUUCAUUGCAUUUGCAGGCCCAGGGCAAGGCAAGUCCCGGUUGCUGACAGAGUUCCCGGGCCUGGUCGAGCAGUGCUUGCAGAAUGUGUCUGAAAGGCAGAAACUGAAAUUCAGCAAGCAAACGACGAGCUUCAUGAUCAGCUGCGAGAACGCCCUCUCUCCCGGGGACUGGGCCACGGAGGAGCUCAAUGCCCGACGCUUUGUGGCAUGCCGCAUGCUGUGGCAGCUGAGGAAUGCAAACAAGGAGGCUUUUCGGGAGGUCGGCGCUCCAGCAGACUUCGCCGAAUUCCGCGUCGAAUGCUCCGAUAGCCUUGUUGCAGAGGAUGUCUUUGCAGCUGUGCUGUGUGAUGAGCUCAAUCAUUGCACGGUGGUGAUCGGAGUCGACGGGAUGCAAGGUCUGCCUGGAUUUACUGACCGCAGUGAUGCUGUGGGCAAGGACCUGCCAUUCUAUCAGGUGAUGCAGGAGGUCUGCCGCCUCGUCAACCAAAAGGAAGGCCCCUUUGUCGUAGCCUGUGUGGCCGCUUUGCAAAAUGUGAAGAGUGGACUUGCUGGCAGUCCCCAGGCCCGAGUUUUUCUGGAGCUGCCACGCGUGACCGCCGUAACCCGCAACAAACAGCCGGUGCUGCCCGGCCACCGCCUAAAAGACCUUCUGAUCGAAGACAUGGGCGGGCAUGGCAGAGCUUUGGAGUGCCUUCUAGAGGCCUUGAUGGAGAUGCCCAACGCUGCAGCAACUGCCUUGGUGGGUGCAGUUAUGAGACAAUUGAGGCAGAAAUAUCCCGACGCCAUUCAGCUUGAGCCGGAGGCAGACCUCAAGGAACUGCUUCGCGCAGCUGUUUCAGGCAGAUGGAUUUGGUCUGGAGACACGGUCGGCAAUCUAGAUCCUGAGAAGGUGGAGCUUAUUCGCGUUAAGUUCAAGGACGGCGACCCCUCCCAGUGCUUGUACCGCAUCGACUUGCCCUACAUUUGGUUGUACUUGAUGCUGAGUUUGUCUAAGUUCUCUGACGAUUUGCAACCGUGGAACUUGAUGGACUACCGCUUGUUUGAGUCAGAACCAACCUGGCAACAGUGGGAAGAAUUCAAUGCCAGGUUUCGAGUGUUGCGAGCUUCUGCGUUUGAGGAUGGACAACUAGUUGACAUUGCCGAUCUACACAGGGGUGCAGUGAUCCAGCCUGACAGCUUGAAAAGCACCAAGGUCAUCAACCGGCAUCUGCAAUUUGCCAAAUCCAGGAAGCAAUUGUUGUCGAGGUCCUCAUGCUGCGGCAAUCCCAAAGCUCGGACAAAUUUACCUAAGGGACUGGGAAUGCACCAGUGCGUAGUUGAAAUGACAAACCAAAGCCUUACAGUGACGUUGACUGACAAACGUGUUUUGGUCGUGAAUGCUGCCGGAGCUCCAGCUGCUGAUGCCUUUCUCAUGUUGGAAGAGGUGGGGGCAGGGGGCAACAAUCACACCAUCUCUGAAUGUUUGCAAUGCAAGAAGGGCGAGUCUCGAUUAGAAGUGGAGAUCGAGCUUGACAAAGCAUGCGACAAAGCUGACAUCCUGGUGCUUUUGCUGACAAGGACAGAGACUGAGCCACAAACCGGCGGACAGCGCUUGAUCUUCGUAUCUGAAGCGCAGUACCAGGAGUACUUUGGCUUCUACGCUGGUAGAGCCUUCUAUCAAACCAGGGCGGCCAAACCUUGAAGGCUGAAUUGUUGCUGCUGUGCCAUUUCCUGGCCUAGAAUUGGAUCUCGGGGCUCAAAGAAUUGCGGAGCAUGAGGAAAAAA